UCGCAAACUCGAAGUCGUCAGAUUUGCAAACGCUUACUUCACUUUUCCAUGAAAAUAAUACACAAUUCGAUUUCUUCGAACAUUAUCACAACAAAUAUCAUUUCUUUAACGAUCAAAGAUAUCAACAGUAUAUCAGAAGAAAAAAAAUUCUACUCUUUCGAUACGCAAUAUCGUUUAUUCAUCGAAAAAUCCAUAUUCUUUGAGGGAAGCUCAAACAGGUAAUUUCGUCCAAUUUUCUUAUCCUUUUGUAAAAAUUCAAAACCCUAUUCCAUAAUCCCCGCAUGUAAAAAAAAAAAAUUAAAAUCGUUUCACGGUAAUUCGAUUCGACGUCGAAUUCGCGGAUAUUUAAAUUUUUAAACACGCAAGCGCAAUGAAGUCUCGGAAAUCAUCACCGUUUCCAGUUACGCAGUGGAGUUACGCUCGAACCUAUCAUCCGUUCGACCGAUCAUUAAAAAAAAUGUCACGAACAAGGAACGCGGAAGAUGACAUGAGACACACCAUAUGGUUCGCUUAUAUGCUUCUGGGAAAGUUGGGCGCAUGGCCGAAUCGCGCCACAUCCUCCACGUUUUCGAAAACUUGGAAGAAUUGCAUUUUAAUUUUUAUGUGUUACUCCGUGCAACUAGUUAUACUGAUACCAGGCCUUCUGCAUUUUUUUUUGAAAGAGAAAGACAGCAGGAGAAAGGUGAAGAUAUUGAUACCGUUGAUAAACGGUUACCUGCAAUUGUGCAGAUACUCGUUGGUACUACGAUCGACGAACAAGUUAUGCUACUUGUUGAACGAGAUGAAGAAGGAUUGGAUGAACAUCUCGGAAGAGGAUCGCCUGAUAUUUCGUAAGAAAGCGAGUAUCGGGCACAAACUGAUGUCAGUGGUAGCGAUCACUAUGUACAGUGCAGGUUUGGGUUAUCGAACAUUCAUCCCCAUUUCGAAAGGUAGAAUACUUUUGCCGGAUAACACGACUAUAAGAUUGCUACCGUGCCCCGGUUAUUAUAUAUUCUUUAAUGAACAAAUUACUCCGAAUUACGAGAUAGUUUUCACAUUGCAAGUCAUCGGUGGACUACUUAGUUAUACAAUUAUGUGCGGUACGACCAGUAUGUGCGCCAUGCUUUGCUUGCAUGCGACCAGUUUGCUGCGUAUUUUAGUGAAAAAAAACGAGCUUACGAAACAGUCGGAUAUCAACGAGAGUGCUGUGCAUAUAAAAAUCACGGAUAUUGUUCGUUUUCAGACGAAAAUCAAACAAUUUUUAAACGAUGUUGAACACAUUACCACGUAUCUUUUUCUGCUCGAGAUCAUUGAUGAGACAGGCAUAGGAUGCGUGAUUGGAUACUGCGCUAUCACGGAAUGGGAAGAUAGCGAUGCCACAGCUGCGAUAAUCUAUCUUUUGUUAGAAGCAUCUGUAUUCGGUGUCACUUUCACGAUGUGUUACGUUGGCCAAAUUCUCAUUGAUGAAGGAAAUAAUGUAAGAAGAAUGUCCAUCACGAUAGAUUGGUACCGGUUUCCUGCGAAAGAAGCAAGGAAUUUAAUAUUAGUGAUCAUUAUGUCGUCUUAUCCAGUGAAACUUACAGCGGGCAAAGUUGUAGACAUAUCUUUAUCUACUUACACCGACAUCAUAAAGGCAACGAUGGGAUACCUGAACAUGUUAAGAAAAGUUACCUGAAUUGUUAUAUUUUAUAAAAUAGUAAUAUAUUUUUGAAUUUAAAACGAUUUUUCUAGGAAUUAAAGAAUUAUAUUAUCGUAAAAUAUUU